AUGAGGGGCGCCCUGUCCCGACCGCUGCUGCUCCAGUUUGUGCUGCUGCUGCUGCUGCUGUCGCCUUCGAGGGACGGAGUGCGCGCCGCGCAGCCCCAGGCCCUGGGCUAUUUGAUCGCUGUGCCCUCUGUGUUCCGCCCGGGAGUGGAGGAAGUCAUCAGUGUGACCAUCUUUGAUUCCCCAAGGGAAGUCACCGUCCAGGCUCAGCUGGUGGCCCAGGGCCAGGCGGUGGCCCAGAGCCAGGGAGCUAUCCUGGAUAAAGGAACCAUCAAACUCAAGGUCCCCACGGGCCUCCGCGGCCAGGCGCUCCUGAGGGUGCAGGGCCACAGCCCGCGGGCAGAAGCGGGCACCCUCUUCCACAACCAGACCUCGGUGACGGUGGACAGCCGAGGGGCCUCUGUGUUCAUCCAGACCGACAAGCCCGUGUACAGGCCCCAGCACCGAGUGCACGUCAACGUCUUCACCGUGUCCCCAGACCUGAGGCCUGUCCAUGGGAAGGUGGACGCGUACGUCCUGGACCCCCGCGGCUCUCGGGUGAUGGAGUGGCGGUGCCUGAAGACGCCAUGCUGCGGCGUCACCAACAUGAGCUUUCCCCUGUCCGACCAGCCCGUGUUGGGGGAGUGGUUCGUCUUUGUGGAGAUGCAGGGCCACCUGUACAACAGGUCCUUUGAGGUCCAGAAGUACGUGCUGCCCAGAUUUGAGCUCCUGAUCGCCCCUCCCCCGUACAUCCGAGACCUGGACGCCUGUGAGAAGGCCGCUGUGCAGGCCAGGUACACCUUUGGGAAGCCCGUGUCCGGGACCUUAACGAUAAACAUGACUGUGCACGGAGUGGGGUACUACAGCCACGAGGUGGGGCGCCCCGUCCUCAGAACUAUGAAGAUCCUGGGCUCCCAGGCCUUUGACAUCUGCGUGAGGGACCUGAUCCCGGUGGACGUCCCCGAGCACUUCCGGGGCAGGGUCAGCAUCUGGGCCACAGUGACCAGCGUGGAUGGGGGUCAGCAGGUGGCCUUCGACGACUCCACCCCUGUCCAGAGGCAGCUGGUGGACAUCCGCUACUCCAGGGACACGCGGAGACAGUUCAAGCCAGGCCUGGCCUACGUGGGGAAGGUGGAGCUCUCCUACCCCGACGGCAGCCCAGCCGAGGGCGUGACGGUGCAGGUCAAGGCGGAGCUGAUGCCCAGGGACAACAUCUACACCCGCGAGUUCGUGUCCCAGGGUGGGCUCGUGCGGUUCGAAAUCCCCUCCAUCCCCAUGUCAGCCCAGCGAGUGUGGCUAGAGACCAAGGUGACGGCACUGGACGGGAAGCCCGUGGGGGCCCAGUACCUGCCCAGUUACCUCGCCCUUGGCAGCUGGUACUCCCCCAGUCAGUGCCACCUGCAGUUACAGCCGCCCUCGCGUCCCCUGCAGGUUGGGGAGGAGGCCCGUUUUUCUGUGCAGUCUACGUGUCCCUGUAACUUCACCCUGUACUACGAGGUGGCCGCUCGGGGCAACAUCGUGCUCUCCGGCCAGCAGCCCGCCCACAUCACCCUGCAGCGGAGCAGGCGGGCGGCCCCGGCUCCGGAGAAGCCCAUUCGCUUGACGCACCUUUCGGAGACGGAGCCCCCUCCCGCCCCAGCCGCUGAGGUCAACGUGUGCGUGACCUCUCUCCGACUGGCCGUGACCCCCAGCAUGGUCCCGCUUGGCCGCCUGCUGGUUCUGUACGUCAGGGAGGAUGGAGAAGGGGUCACCGACAGCCUCCAGUUUGCAGUCGAGAAUUACUUCGAAAACCAGGUUUCACUGACGUAUUCGGCAAACGAGACCCGUCCCGGGGAGGUGGUGGACCUCUGGGUCAGGGCCGCGAGGGGCAGCUGCGUGUGCAUUGCCGCGGUGGACAGGAGCGUCUACCUGCUCAGGUCUGGGUUUCGGCUGACUCCGGCCCAGGUUUUCCGGGAACUGGAAGACUACGACGUUUCCGACGCCUUCGGUGUGUCCAGGGAGGACGGAGCGUCCUGGUGGGCGGGGCUGACCGCUCGACGGCGCCGGCGCUCCUCUGCCUUCCCGUGGCCCUGGGGUGUCACCAAGGACUCGGGAUUUGCCUUCACCGAAACAGGACUAGUGGUGAUGACCAACAGGGUCAGCCUGAACCACCGGCAGGAUGGCAGCCUCUACACCGACGAGGUUGUCCCGGCUUUCCAGCCCCACACAGGGACCCUGAUGGCCGUGGCGCCUUCCAGGCAACCCCCCAGAGCAGAGAAGAGAAAAAGGACGUUCUUCCCCGAGACGUGGCUUUGGCGGUGUGUCAACGUCAGUGACCCGUCCGGGGAGGAGACCCUCAGUCUGCAGGUGCCUGACUCCAUCACCAGCUGGGUGGGGGAGGCCGUGGGCCUCUCCACCUCACGGGGCCUGGGAAUUGCCGAGCCCGCCCUGCUGAAGACCUUCAAGCCCUUCUUCCUGGACUUCACGCUGCCCCCUCUUGUCGUCCGCGGGGAGCAGGUCAAGGUCCCACUCAGUGUCUACAACUACUUGGGCACCUGUGCUGAGGUGCACGUGAAGAUCUCCGUGCCCAAGGGCGUCCAGCUGGUGGGGCACCCCGGCAGACGGCACCUGACCAAGGAGAUGUGUGUGGCCCCCGGGGAGACGGGACCCACCUGGGUCGUCCUGUCCUUCAGCAACCUGGGGCUCAGCAACAUCACAGCCAAAGCCCUGGCCUAUGGAGACGCAGGCUGCUGCCGGGACAGGAGGCCCAGCAGACACGCAGAGGAGGGUCCCCCCGACAGGAGGGUCCCCGCCGGGGCGGAUCACAUCCGGCGCAGCCUAACCGUGGAGCCUGAAGGGGCGCCGCGGUCCUACACCUACAGUGCUUUCUUCUGUCCCAACGUCCUGGGCAUCACCGUGGGGCCCACCCAGCCUGGGUCUCCCCUGCCAACCCUACGCCCCCACCCGGACUCCUCUAUGGUGGCCAUAGAAACCGCGUCCCUCACCGACAGACAGAGCGCCCGCUGCCCUCAGCAAUGCUGGGGGCGAGGGGGCGACACGCCGCUGAGCCCUUUCCUGCAGGGGCCCAGCUUGGCCGCCUGCUCCCCACCCGAGAAACCUGUGUACGUCUGGCUGAUCCCCAGAGGCCCCCAGGAGGUGACCCUGCUCGGUGACACCCCCAGCCCCACCGCAUCCUCUUUCAGGCUCACAGCCUUUGUCCUGAAGUCCUUCGCGCAGGCGCGGAGCUUCAUAUUCAUCGACCCCCAGGAGCUGGCCGCUGCCAAGGGCUGGAUCAUCCAGCAGCAGGGAGCUGACGGCGCCUUCCCCGUGGUGGGCAGGAUCCUGAACAAGGACAUCCAGGGUGGGAUCCACGGUGCAGUCCCGCUGACGGCCUACGUGGUGGCUGCUCUCCUGGAGACUGGCACAGUGUCCGAGGAGGAGAGGGCCGCCGUUGCCAAAGCAAGACACUUCCUGGAGUCCAGGGGGCCCCUGGCCACAGAUCCCUACAGCCAUGCUCUGACCGCCUACGCGCUGACCCUGCUCCACAGCCCCGCAGCCCCUGAGGCCCUGCGCAAGCUCCGCAGCCUCGCCAUCACACAGGAUGGAGUCACCCACUGGAGCCUGACAGGUUCCCGGGGCGUGGACAAGGACGCAUUCCUGAGCUUCGGGGAUGGGGUCUCUCGGUCAGUGGUCUCAGCAGAGGUGGAAAUGACCGCCUACGCCCUGCUGACCUACACCCUCCUGGGUGACGUGGCCGCCGCCCUGCCCGCGGUGAAGUGGCUGUCCCAGCAGCGGAAUGCCCUUGGGGGCUUCUCUUCCACUCAGGACACCUGCGUGGCCCUGCAGGCCCUGGCAGAGUACGCCAUCUUGUCCUAUGCUGGCGGUGUCAACCUCACGGUCUCCCUGGCCUCCACCAACCUGGACUACCAGGAGACCUUCACGCUGCACAGGGCCAACCGGAAGGUUCUGCAGAUGGCGGCGAUCCCCAGCCUCCCGACCGGGCUGUUCGUGAGCGCCAGGGGAGACGGCUGCUGCCUCCUGCAGAUCGAUGUCACCUACCACGUGCCCGACCCCGUGACCAAGCCUGCCUUCCAGUUGCUGGUGCGCCUGGAGGAGCCCGAGGCUGAGGGGCGCCCGUCCCCUGUGCCCGCCUCCUCGGCUGGGGGCCCGCGGGGUGGGGAGCAGCACCUGGCUGACGAUGACGACCCCGCGGCUGACCAGCACCACCAGGAGUACAAGGUGACGCUGGAGGUGUGUGCCAGGUGGCUGCACACAGGGUCUUCCAACAUGGCCGUCCUUGAGGUGCCCCUGCUGUCCGGCUUUCGGGCUGACAUUGAGAGCCUGGAGCAGCUGCUCCUUGACAGACACAUCGGGAUGAAGAGGUACGAGGUGGCCGGACGCAGGGUCCUCUUCUACUUUGACGAGAUCCCCAGCCAGUGCCUGACGUGCGUGAAGUUCCAGGCGCUCCGUGAGUACGUCGUGGGCAGGACCUCGGCGCUGCCCAUCUCGGUGUACGACUACUACGAGCCUGCCUUCCAGGCCACGCGCUUCUACAACGUCAGCGCGCGCAGCCCACUUGCCCGGGAGCUGUGCGCGGGCCCCGCGUGCAACGAGGUGGAGCGCGCCCCAGCCCAGAGUCGCGGCUGGUCCCCGGGCGAGCUGGGCCCCGCGGUGGCCCCUGAGGAGGGGGCGGCGAUGGCACGCUGCGGCUGCGCUCGCGACUGUGGCGCCCACGCGGACCCCGUGUGCGGCUCGGAUGGCGUUGUCUACACUAGCGCCUGCCACCUGCAGGAGGCCGCCUGCCGCCGGCGCGCGCACCUGGAACCCGCGCCCCCGGGUCUCUGCGCCCUCGAGCAGCAGCCACCAGCCUCUGCGUCCCACUCCUACGAUGACGACCCAGCCCUCCUGGGGCCUGGACACGCACAGCAGGGCAACAGGCUGAGCGCAGCUGGCCUCGAAGAAGCCCUGCGCUGGACCCCCGAGCCUGAGGGGGAGGCAGAGGGCAGCCAGAGCGGUUUCUCUUCCUAACGGCCACCACACUCGAAGCAGGAUGGCGCCAUCUGCCUGCCUGGUCCCUGUCAGCCCGUG